UUUUCUUUUUUUUUUUUACUGUCCUGUUCUGUCCCCUUCCUUUUCCUCUUGCCCACAGGGUAGAAGCAUCAUCAAAGAAUGCUAAAGCUAGCCAUUUGUGUUGUUGGCAUUUAUACAUGCUUUCUAACGUGGGGUUUCUUCCAGGAAAAGGUCUCUACAACACCCUAUGGCGAAGAGAAUGCAAAGUUCAAGUUCUUCAUCUUCCUCAACAUGGUUCAGGCCAUCACUGCAUCCGCAACUGCCUUCUUCUAUCUCAAGCUACAAGGAAAACCAUUGGAAACACCUUCUAGGAUGCUUUUAGGGAAAUAUUUUCAAGUCGCCUUCUUCAACGCCAUUGCUUCGCCUUUUUCCUAUGCAGCCCUGAAACACAUCGAUUAUCCAACCAUGAUACUCACAAAGUCAUGUAAACUCGUACCAGUCAUGCUCAUGAACAUUAUACUGUAUCGACGCAAAUUUCCAACCUACAAGUAUGUCUGUGUAGCCUUAAUCACAAUCGGUGUCUCCGGAUUUAUGUUACUGGCGCCGUUUGACGAACAUAAAAAGAAGGGCGCAGUCAACAGCUCAUUGUAUGGCAUACUCCUCGUUAUUAUCAACCUGGCGAUUGAUGGCGUUACCAACUCUACUCAGGAUCAAAUCUUUCAUACAUUCAAGGUUACUGGGCAACAGAUGAUGUGCUUCAUGAACCUGUUCAUGUCAGCCUUCAUGGCCCUGUGGCUCCUCAAUCCCUUGAACUCGGAGCUGAGCAAUGCGCUGGCGUUUUGCCAUUCUCACCCUGCCAUCACCAAGGAUAUCACUCUCUUCUGCAUCUGUGGAGCACUUGGACAGUGCUUUAUCUUUUAUACCCUCGAGCAGUUCGGCUCCUUGUCCCUCGUCACAGUCACGGUCACUCGCAAGCUCUUCACUAUCUUGCUCUCCGUCGUCGCUUACGGUCAUGUCCUCAAUUUUAGUCAGUGGCUCAUGGUCGGAGUCGUCUUUUCAGGCAUCGGACUUGAGGCAUACGUUAAGAGAAAUGAGAAGCUUGAAAAGAUGGUCAAUAACUUACCUUCACAUUCGCCCAAGCCAGAUAAGGUAUCCUUUAGUCAGGUUGAGAUGAUAAAGAAAGAUAAGAUUGACGGGAUUAAUGCUAAUCUUGUGGGCAUGGUAUCAAAUCAAGGUGUUGGUUCAGGCUUGGCUCAGUAUGGUCCAGAAUACGGAUACAACAAUGGCAAUAACACGCAACUGCUACAGCCCCCACAACAGUAUCCGUCAUCACUCCACCCUCAACAAACACAACAACCAAUACAACUAUCCUACCAAUUACAAAAUCAACAACACCCACAUCUUUAUCAGAUGCCUCCAGGUCUUCAGAAUGGCUAUCAAAGUUCACAACCAUAUUCUGCCCGUGCCUCGUACGUCAGUUCAAUCACUACAGUGGCUGGAGCACCCGUUCAUGGAGGGGGACGGCAGCGAGCAAGUGUUGUUGCGCCAAAGCACAGCCUUUGAAUCGUUUUCAUUCUUUUGUGAUCAUG